AUGCGGCGUUUAGAGCUGGCGAAGUAUGGUCAAACUUCCUUAAACCGGUGAGAAUACGGGCGGCAAAGCUGAGUUCUGAGGUUGCUGAAGCUUUUGCAUGUUCUACGGUAGACUGCAAAACAGUCCGUAUUUUUCCGUAUUCACAUUUUUGCGUAUUCAAGUACGCGCGAGCAGUCAAACGAAAGGUCUGGAACACACCUUACGGGCGUGUGAGGCUCGCGAGUUUCGCGCUUAAGAGACUCUUACGCCACGCUCAACCGAUUUCUUUACUGAUUUGAGAAAAAAAACGACCUUUUUGCAGUCUAGUUCUGCGGUUUAGUGGUGCCAGACCAUACUGCCGAACAAUAAAAAAGUUUACUAAAAACGAGUGAAAUUAAAAUACUUGAAAGUAUGGAUUUAUCAAGACAUGCCAUACUCUUUUAAUUUUACACAAGGUAGAAAAAAGCGAGGACACUAAUAAGGUGUCAAUAUGAGUAUCGAAAGUGAAAACAGAAUCAAGAUAGAUAGCCAAAUCCAUUACAGACCCUGUCAGGAGUCAAGGUCUUGCCCAGAAUCGAUACCGUCGGAUUAACAAGUUUUCCCACUGCUGCUUAAUUUGUACUGGUGUGGAUGGACGAAAACGGAAGUUUUUGAAUACCAUUACGUCACGGUGUUGGAUAACAGUAAAUGCGCAUUUUCUCAUCAAAGAUUCUACUGAAUUCAGGUAUGUUUACCGUUGAGUUUCCGUGUGGACUGCAGGCAAAAAUCUUCAAAAUCGCAAAGUAUACUUGAGGACGUGGACUUUUUUGAAAAUGGAGAGAAUACUUAACGUUUUCAAACAAAAACGGAUACCUAAGGAAGGGGCCUUAAUGCGUGCGCUCGUUUUCAUGGAAUUUUACCAUACAUUAUUUCUUCUUCUUCUUUUUUUUUUACAGAAAUCGUAAUCUAUAUCUAGUUAUCUAGGAGAUUUGCAGCGUUCGCGAUAUAACAGGAAAUCUUAAAAACGUUAAAAAUAGAAGAAGGAAUAGCACAUUGAACUGUUUUGAUUUAGUUAUUUAUUUAUUUGUUAGUAUUCGUUUACCUACAGCUUGUGACAUCGACCUUGGACUCGUAAUGGAUAACACUAAAGGCAACUUUGUUCUCAUAAAGGACUUUGCCAAGCAUCUUGUUGGAAAAUUUCGAAUCUCAGACGACGGUACCCACCUGGGAGCUAUAACAUUUGGAAAAACGGUGAAUAUUCGACUUUUUUUCAGCGACUUUCAAGGCAGCAAAAACAACUUGCAGAAUGUUAAGAAACAAAUUGAUAGCUGGCAUGGAGAUUCCUUUGUUAAUAAUAGGCACACUAGGAUCAGCGAAGCUUUACGUACUGCGAAAGAUUUCCUGUUUAAGACGGCUGGUGGCAUGAGAUCCCCACCAAUUCAACAAGUAAUCACUGGGAUUUUACCGGCCCCAUGUAAGGUAAUCCAAGAUAGUAUUGGACUCUGGAUUCCAGGUACCGGAUUCAGGAUUACUUGUCAGUGGAACUUGGAUUCUGGACUCCAAUUGUUAGCGGGAUUCCGGAUUCCUUGAGCUAGAUCACGGAUUCCAAAGCCCAAAACCGAGGAGUUUGGAUUCCACUAGCAAAAUUUUUUAAAUUCGGAUUCCGCAAUCCGGAUUCCCUUACAUGAGGUGAUAAACCAAAAAAACACAAAUGCUUAUUGCUAUGGGCAACUUUUCUUUACUAAAACGUUUCUGGAUACUUCAAAGCGGUGUACGAGGAGACUUUGGAAGCCAGGUGUGCAUUGCUCCUUUCUCCCUCUCCUCCCUCUGCUUCUCCGUAUUUUUUCCCGCUCUCUUACUUCGCGCCGCACUCUACUAUCCGAAAGUGCGCCUGGAACAGGCUAGGCUUCUGACUGGAUAAAAGUUAAAAACAUAGUUGGUGCGUCUUAUUUUCUAGAACCUAUUUCUGAACAUAAGCUCCCAAUAUGGCUAUUUUAGCUAGUAUGGCAUGUUAAAAUCUGAGACUUCUUUCUGGUUUCAUGAUAGGUACUUGUGCUUUUCACAAACGGAAAACAAGACAGGGGACAGCUAUCUUCGACUCUCAGCGAGGCUCAGAAACUUGGACAUAAAGGAAUAAAGCUCAUUGCUGUGGGCAUUCAAAAACCAGAUCUUGUUAAUCUGGUAAAAAUUGCCAGUAAUGAGUUGAACGUGUAUUUCCUGAAGACUCCAGACAGGAUCGUUAGCAUCGCCAAAAAAAUAGUUCAGGGUUUAUGCGGUAAAGCCUAG